GAAAGCCUUUUCUCGUGAUCGAUCAAGUAAUAAGCGUUAAGGAGCGUCGUUUCACGUUCACUUACCCACACCUCUUCCGUUGGUCCAUCCCCAUCAGCGAUUCAGCUCCCAUUCUUCUCCUCCUCUUCCUCUUCCUCCUCCGUCCCCCACCUCUUUAUAUAACAAACUCAACGCCCUACCUCACCUCAACGAAUCAACAACAACACAGUCACAUCGCAUACUAGCUCAGCUCACACCAGAGAGAGAGAGAGUAGCGAGCCAUGGAAAGGGAAUUCGAGCCUGAUAUUGAUCCAACCCCCAUACCAAAGCUUUCCCUCUUUUCUCUCCCCAGUCAUGGGCUUCCUGAACCUCCCGGGAUGUGUACUCCGCCACCUCGAUCAGCCCAAGCUUCCGUUCCUUUCCUGUGGGAAGAAGCACCCGGCAAGCCCCGACCCACCACCACCACCACCGGCGUAUCCAAAGCCAGCAGUGCUAGGUGCUUAGAGCUCCCACCGCGGCUGUUCUUCACAGAAGCCAAGAUUACUAAUUUGCCCUCCCCGACAACGGUCUUGGAUGGCCCUUAUGUGGGUCGCUCUGCAUCUUGCACCGCCACGUUUGGCAGAGACCGUGAUGGUUCCUCCUUGUUUGAUACUACUACUGACGGAUUACGCUUUGGUUCAAUAUUUCACAGCAAGAGAGAGACCAAGGGGAAAGGAAGCUACCUUAGCUCUUCUGGGAGGAAGAUCUUGAAUGGGAUUGGAGAGAAUGAUGGUAAUAACAAGGUGAAGAUUACAAGAUUUAGAAGGAGCGGUAGCCUCUUCAAUCUCUCUCUCACAAGGUCUCAUCUGUGGGCGAACAUUUCUGAAAGCUUUAAGCAGGUGGUCCCAUGGCGGAAUGGUAGAAAAACGAAGAAGAAUGGUCUGUCGAUGUGAUGCUACUCUACUGUUUCUUGACACGUGGUGCUUCAGUCUACUGCGCCCGCGUUGAAUUUGUAAAUGUAAGAAAAGUAAAAAAGUCGAAUAAGAAAGCAAGAAAGGAAAAAAGAAAACAAUGUUUUCGGUGAUUAUUAACUGCUUUUCGCCUUAGUCUAAUUAUUUGACAUAUAUAAUGAAAGUGUAUCGUCGUCGUCAUCAUCAUCAUUGUCAGAGCAGAGCAUGUAACAACGCUGCACAUUAAAGUAACAAGUGGUUUCAUUUGGAAA